UUCAGAACACAUAUCAAUCUAAUUCUAUACUAUUCACUCUCUCUGUUUGAUGAUGAAUAUUCUGAAAGUAAUGAUGUUUAUGUUUGUGGUGAGUGUGGUGUUGCAGGUUGCUUUUGGACAACACCAUAUCCGAUGCCUUCCAAAGGAGAGGGAAGCACUCCUUCAAUUCAAGGCUGCCAUUGUUGAUGAUUACGGCAUGCUCUCGUCUUGGACCAUUCCCGACUGUUGCCAAUGGGAGGGGAUUCGCUGCACCAACCUCACCGCUCAUAUUAUAAGCCUUGACCUUCACGGACAAGUUCAUUAUGAAUAUUUUCCUCUUCUUGGCCAAUAUUCUGCAGUCUCUUGGCGUUACAUCAGCGGAGAGAUCCACAAGUCGUUAAUGGAGUUACGACACUUACAGUAUUUGAACCUCAGUUUCAAUUCUUUUCGACACACUAAUAUUCCAGAGUUUCUUGGCUCUCUUACCAACUUGAGAUAUCUUGAUCUCUCUUCAAGUCAUUUUAGCGGACAAAUUCCAACUCAGAUAAGUUCUCUUUCUCAUUUGAAAUAUUUGAAUCUUGCAAGAAAUUAUUAUUUGGAGGGUUCAAUCCCUCCUCAACUUGGAAAUCUCUCUCGGUUGCAGUAUCUUGAUCUCAGUGUCAAUUCUUUAAAUGGAAAUAUACUUUCCCAACUUGGAAAUCUCUCUCGGUUGCAGUAUCUUGAUCUCAGGUACAAUUCUUUUGAAGGAUUCAUUCCUUCCCAACUUGGAAACCUUUCAAAUUUGAAUAAACUCUAUCUUGGAGGAUAUGAUAGUGCUCUCAAAAUUGUCACUAGUGAUCAAUGGUUAUCUAAUCUUAAUUCUUUAACCCAUCUUUCCUUCAUUUCCAUAUCUAAUUUUAACAGUUCUCCUAGCUGCCUUCGAACCAUUGCCAAGCUACCAAAACUAAGAGAACUGAGUUUAAUUGAAUGUGGCCUUUCCGAUCAUUUCCUCCUUUCAUUCAAUCCUUCCAACUCCAAUUUUUCUACUUCUCUAUCUGUCCUUGAUCUUUCUCGUAACUCCUUCACACAACCGAUGAUAUUCCCGUGGCUGUCAAACACCACUUCCAACCUUGUUGGGCUUGACCUUAGUUGGAACCUCUUGAAGGGUGAAGAUUUGAAAUCAUUCAUGAAUAUAUGCACCCUACGUUCAUUAUACAUGUCUGGAAACAAUAUGACCGAAGACCUUUCGUCAAUUCUUUAUAAUUUCUCCAGUGCUUGUGUUAGAUACUCACUACAAGAGUUGAGUUUGAGAGACAACCAAAUCAGAGGCUCCCUACCUGACCUUUCAGCAUUUUUAAAUUUAAAAACGUUCGAUCUUUCUUCCAACCAAUUGAGUGGGAAGAUAUCUGAAGGCACUAGAUUGCCAUCUCAUUUGGAGCAGUUGUUAAUUAUGUCUAACUCUUUAGAAGGUGGUGUUCCAAAAUCAUUUGGGAGCACAUGUACUUUAGAGUUAUUGGAUUUGUCUGAUAAUAAGUUGAGUGAAGAUCUCACAGUGAUAUUUAAUCAUUUGUCUGGAUGUUCUAGAUACUCAUUGCGAGAACUAUAUCUCCGUCAGAAUAAAAUCAAUGGCACAUUACCUGAUUUCUCAAUAUUUGCAAAGUUGGAAACGUUGGAUAUAUCAGGAAAUCGAUUGGAUGGAGUUCCAAAAUUACUUCACAAUGUUACUGUUUUGCGUUCAUUGAACCUAUUUAAUAACAGUUUAAGUGAAAACCUUCCAACAAUAAUGCAUCACUUAUCCUCAUCAUUGCAAAGUUUACAUCUAGGCAUGAAUCAAAUUAAGGGUACUUUGCCUCGCAACCUCGCAACAAUGUUCCCAUCAUUAAAAGAAUUGUACCUUGAUAGUAACAAGCUAAAUGGGACAAUUUCUGAAGAUCUUCGAUUUCCAACAGAACUUGAGGUAUUAUCCUUGUACUCAAACUCUUUGAAAGGUGUGUUAACUGACUCUCAUUUUUUUAAUAUGACAAAGUUAAGGACAUUGAUUUUGUCAGAUAACUUACUUACUUUUACUCAAAAUUGGGCUUCAACUUUUCAAUUACAUAGUAUUGAAUUGAGGUCUUGCAAGCUUGGUCCAUUGUUUCCCAAAUGGCUAGAGAAACAAAAUGAAUUUAUUUAUCUUGACAUUUCAAAUAAUGAAAUAUCAGGUACCAUUCCACAAUGGUUUUGGACCAAAUUUGGAUUGUCAAAUUGGAUGAGUAUUGAUAUUUCACACAAUAAUUUACAAGGUACGAUUCCAAAUUUGCCAAUAGAGAAUCAUUAUUAUUCUCUUAGUCUUGCAUCAAAUCAAUUUGAAGGUCAUGUUCCGCCAUUUUUACGAGGCUCAAUAUCUCUUGAUCUAUCAAACAAUAAAUUCACAAAUUCUUUUUCAUUUUUAUGUUCUAAUGGUGUAGCUGAAUCUUUAUACCAAUUAGACCUUUCAAAUAAUAAGUUUUCUGGACAAAUUCCAGACUGUUGGACCCAUUUUAAGUCAUUGGCUUACUUAAAUAUGAGUCAGAACAAGUUUUCAGGAGAGAUUCCUUCUUCAAUGGGAUCACUCCUUGAACUUCAAGUUUUGUUAUUGAGAAGCAAUAAUUUAACAGGUAAAAUCCCUUCCGUCUUGAAGAAUUGCACACAGUUGGUGAUGGUAGACAUAGCAGAAAAUAGAUUAUCAGGAUCUAUCCCAAAUUGGAUCGGGAACGAAUUAUCGCAGUUGCAAUUUUUAAGCUUAAGAAGCAACUAUUUCCGUGGGAGUUUACCGUUACAAAUUUGUUAUCUAAAAAGCAUUCAACUCUUAGAUCUCUCGCAAAACAAUCUAUCUGGACAAAUUCCUAAAUGCAUAAAAAACUUUUUCUCAAUGGCUCAAUUGACUUCUUUGAGAGAUUAUUAUGAAGGUCAUCAAUAUUUGGUCAACACUAGUGCUACGAAAAGUAACUUUUCAUAUGAUUUGAAUGCAUUCUUGAUGUGGAAAGGUUCAGAACAAAUGUUUACAAACAGCGGAUUGUCACUUUUGAAUAGCAUUGAUCUCUCAAGCAAUGAAUUAUCAGGAGAAAUUCCAAAAGAAAUUGAGGGUUUAUUUGGAUUGGUGUCAUUGAAUCUAUCAAGAAACCAAUUGACAGGGAAAAUUCCUUCAAAUGUUGGAGAGUUAACAUCACUUGAAUUUCUUGAUUUGUCACGAAACCAACUUGUUGGUUCUAUUCCUUCGAGUCUUGCUCAAAUUGAUCGACUCACUAUGUUAGAUUUGUCACAUAAUAAUUUAUCUGGAAAAAUUCCAACUGGCACACAAUUACAGAGUUUCGAUGCAUCGAAAUAUGAAGAUAAUGUUGAUCUCUGUGGACCACCAUUAAAGGAAUUGUGCAUUGAUGGAGUAGCAAGACAAGGACCAAUUAUUAAAUUUCAAGAGGAUGACAAUUUGAUUUUCAAUCGUGAAUAUUAUAUAAGUAUGACAAUUGGAUUUGCUAUAAGCUUUUGGGGAGUGUUUGGCUCAAUCUUAAUAGUACAUUCUUGGCGUCAUGCAUAUUUCAAGUUCUUAAAUAAUUUAGGAGACACUCUUUAUGUCUUGACAACAGUGAAAGUUUUCCGAAUCUGCUACAAAACAUAGCUGCAGAAGAAAUGGAAUUUGAAGAUUAGAAUGAUUGUGAGGGUACCAUGCUCAAUGGAUAUCGAUAACUGAGGAAGAUUUCUAAACAUUUAUUUUCUUUAAAUGUUUCUUUCUUCUCCAUUUUUAUUUUGUAAUGGUUGUUGAGGAAGCCUAUUGUGAUUGUGAAGUUGUUAGUCAUACAAUAAUUUGAUGAAUCUUCAAAACGUUGGAAA